AUGGCGGAUGUUAACGGGACGUUCUUCCGUUACGAUUCUGUCGCCCCCAACGCCACCGUCGACUGGCGACAGACGAAAUACAUUUCGCCAAUCCAGCGCCAGUUCCAGUGCGCGAGCUGCUGGGUGAUCGCAGCCGUCGAUUCCAUCGCCAUGAUGUGGGCGAUCACGACCAGGAACACCCCCGCAGUGCUGUCGCCGCAGCAGGUGUGCGACUGCGCGACGAAGCAGUGCUGCCAGGGCGGCUGGCCUGACUGGGCCUUCUCAUACGUGCUCUUCAACGGCGGGAUUCAGUCCGUUGACGACUACAGCUAUAUCGCCCAGGACAACCAGCUAUGCAGCAUCAAUGCGUCGAUCCCUAAUGCCGCUCAGAUUACCGGCUGGGAGCUCGUGCCGCCUUACAACGCCAUGGCUUUAAUGAAGGCCGUCAGCAUGCAGCCCGUGGUCGCCUUCCUUAGCGGCUCGUCUAAGGACUUCCAGAUGUACACCUCGCGUGACAUGGUGAAGAUCUACGACGGGCUGUGCACGACGGAUAUCAAUCAUGCGGUUGUCGUCGUUGGAUUCAACUACACGGGCAGCACCAAUGGCAGCUACUGGAUCAUCAAGAACUCGUGGUUCGAAACGUGGGGCGACGACGGUUACAUGUAUCUCGCCAUGUCGCCAGACAUUCGCGGAAAAUGCGGGAUUCACGCAAUUCCCGCCAUGUACCCGGUGUACUACCCCUUCGGUCCUCAGCCCGUCAAGAUUUCCAACGGUCCCGUCAGCCGGAAAGACGACGGCGAUGACGGAAAGUGGUGGAACAAGGGUUACACCGUCAACUCCGACGCAUGCCAGAAACUCAUCAACCCAUGCGGACGCGGCACCUGUUACACCAAAAACGGAAUCGCACGCUGCGACUGCAGCGGGUUGACGAACUUUGUCGAAGUCUUGGGAGUGCCGACGGCGAAAUGUGUGCCUCGGUUUCCGUGCAACAAGACGAACAUCAACCCUUGCGGCGCUGGCUCCUGCAGCAACCCCGGCGACGGCUCCUACGCCUGCUCUUGCCCUGUCGGCUACGCCAUUGGAGCGGCUUCUGACGGCACGCAGACGUGCGUGGGAGUGGCAACCACAUCUAGCUCUACAAUCACAUACACCACUGUCCCCGGCGACUCUUGCUCUGUUGUGGCGGCAGCGUUUGGCAUCACCACCACUACCCUCUCUCUGUUGAAUCCCUUCCUCAACUGCUCGCUUAUGUACAUCCCUCCUGGAUUCGCUGUUACCGUCUCCAAUGCAAGCACAUCCUCCUCUCCCAUCUGCACUGCAACCUACAUCGUCACUGCCACCGACAACUGCACCUCCCUCGCCAACACUUUUUUCGCGGGCAGCUUGUCCAACCUCCAAAAGGCCAACCCCCUCGUGUGCACGUCCAGCCGCCCAGUGUACCCGUCCCAGGCGAUUUGCACGAGCGUAACCACUGCGGUUACCAGCGUGGCGGUGCCGCAGUGCGGCCAAACGUACUCCUCUGUGGCUGGCGACACUUGCUCGUCCGUGGCGACCAAGUUCCUCAUCUCUCUCACAAACUUCACUGGGUUGAAUCCUGGACUCUCCUGCACCGGCUCUCUUCCCAUUGGCUCCUACCUUUGCGUAGCUCCUAAGUCUGCUCAGACCACAGUCAACUGCACCACAUGGUACACGGUGCUGCAGGGUGACAACUGCCCCAACAUCUGGAACGCAGCCAACCUCACAGAGCAGACCUUCCUCGCCAUCAACCCCGGCAUCCGGUGCCAGGCGCCCUACCUGCAAGUGGGCCAGAAGGUCUGCAUCAACUCGCCCGUACUCGCCACUUUGGUUGCGACUUCCAACACAAGCUACUCUGUAUACAAGGUCAAGGACGGGGACACACUCGCUCUCAUCUCCUCCAAUUUCAUCAACCGCUGCAUCCCAGCCUCCGUCUCUCCCGCCGCCAUCGCCGCCCAAAACAACAUCCUCGAAACUUCGCCCCUCGUAGUGAACUCCUCCCUGAUCAUCCCGUGUGAUUCCCGCGUGGGGAUUAUCGACUGUCAGUGCUCGGCGUCGCUCCCGGUCUGCGGAGCAGACUACGUGACGUACCCCUCGUACUGCGAUGCGGUUUGCAACUACGCCGUGCCGCUGGCCCAGAAUGACGUCUGCGCAGGCUGCAAUGCCGCUUGCUUCGGCCGAACCGGGCUGGCGCCACUCUCCGGGUAUGGUUGCACCUGGUCGAUUUGUCCAUAUCCCAACUGGAAGCCGUUGGAUACGGAUUGCUCGCAAAUGCUUGGCGAUGCGGCGGGCAAGUGCUGCGAUUUUCAAAUGACGACGUGUCAGAACUCGUGCACGGAUGUGAAGGUGUCGCUUGGAGGGACGUCCACGCAGCAGACGACAAAUUACAACAAGUGUUACUCGCAGUGCAUGUGCUGCUCGCGGCUUCCUUGCGGCACUGGGUCCUGCGCGGCUCCUAGCUCCUGCUGGAAUGAAUCCCCGCGGAAGUGUACCUACGCCAACUUUGCGUAUUCGUGGAACUGCACUUGGUUCCCUCCGGCUUCGCCGCUUCCUUAG